UUUUUUUAUUUUCUCCAGUCAUAAAGUAAAAUUACAGAUUAUGAUAUUGCUUUUGGGUUCCACGUAUAUUAAGCGAUUCAGAACCCGAAAGAGGAGAGGUUUAGAUUUCGUGGCGUAAGUUUCCCAGCUUGGAUUCUCCAAGGUUUCCAUAUCUACCGACCAAUGGGUUUGCACAUUCUCUCCCUCUCCCUCCAGAGUUGCUGGAGUAUGUCACUGCAGGUGCAGAGUUACGCCACAUGCCUCCAGCUGCCAGUGUCUGAGAAGAUGUCGCCCCAGCUGGUCUCUCUACUUUUUCUGUUGCUGCUCGCAGGGGUGCCCGCUGUCCGAGUGUACUCAGGCACCACGGGGUCAGACUCCCUGGAGCGAGAUGAUGAGGAAGGCGACGUCCCGCCUCCUCCCAAGCACCAUGGAUACCACAAGAUGCAGAAACUAUCCAAGGAUGCUGUCGACAAACUGAUAGAUGAGUGGCACCCCAGCAUGAAGCAGAACAUCUGGGAGUUGAGUGGACUGCUGGAAGGAGACAUCAUGGAACCCCACAGUGAGAUGUCCGAGCGUAACGCAGCGAUAGACGAGACUCUGCGUUGGCCUGAUGGUGAGGUUCCGUACCACAUCAGCAGUGACUUUGACGAGAACGAAAAGAGUAUUAUACGGGGAGCAAUGGAUGAGUAUCACGACAAGUCCUGCAUUCGCUUCCGACCCUUCAAACGAGGAGACCCAGACUACAUCACGAUACGUGGAGAUGCGCCAGGCUGUUGGUCGUACGUAGGCCGGCGCAGUGGUGGUCAAGUUGUCAAUCUACAAGGGCGCUGCGUACAGCACGGAGUGGCCCUACACGAGCUUCUCCACGCACUCGGCUUCUACCACCAACAGAGCGCCAGCGACAGAGACGACUUCGUCAAGAUACAUUGGCAGAACAUCAGGCCAAGAACGAGAUCCAACUUCAAGAAGUAUAGUUCGUUCCGAGUGACCGACUAUGGGGUCCCAUAUGACUACGGCAGCAUCAUGCACUACAGCUCGCACGCUUUCUCCCGCAACGGCAAACCCACCAUCACCCCUCUUCAAACGGGGGCGUCGAUCGGGCAGAGAUUCGGACUAAGCGACGCGGACACAAAAAAGCUCAACGUGAUGUACGGAUGUGACGGACGACAUCAGACCUCCCCCUCGCACUCACACCUCUCCCUGGACACGACAUGGACCCCCAGCUUCGACACAUUUUGGGAUAGACCCUUCUAUUACUAUUAAUGGUUACCUGUUGUUUUUGUUAAGUUAUCUAACCUGUUAAGUUUUAAAUGCUUUUACUAAUA